AUGGCUUUUAGACAGGCCCGCAUUCGCGUCUCUCCGGCGGCACGCUGGAGCCUGUUAAUACUUACGUUUAUUAUAUUCGCAGGAACAAAUACAGUCACUGCUCAAUCUUGCUGCUUCUCCGUCAAUUCAAUGUCAACAGGAUCAAAUCCAAAUGUACCCGAAUAUCAAAUAAAUAUUACUGCCUCACACAAAGACUUUAAACGCAAUAACCAACAAUACACGGCACUCAUCUCAUUUCCACCAGAAUACCUCAUACAAGGUGAACCAUCCUCCUCGUCUGCAUCGUUCAAAUGCGAUCGGACCACACCAAGUAGCUUCACGUGCGAAUCGCAUUUCGAUAGUAAAUUUUCGGCCUCAUUUCACGUAUCGAUGCCAACAGCCAUAUUAACGCAACCAACAGCAUCAGUAACAAUAUACGGAGAUACAUGUGAAAAGGAACAAUAUUGUAGUGAUCUGACAGUGAGCGCACAAUCAAAUAAUAUUAGUUUGGGUCCAUUUGGAACUUGGCCAAAGACUGCAGUAAUCAUUGCUGGAAUAGUAUUAGGAUCGAUAAUAUUGAUCGCGGUGUAUUUAUUAUACCGACGUUCACACCCAGCUUCAAGAUACCUUGACACUUCAGAGGCGCCAUCCUUCCCUGAUCAAGGUGCUGAUAAAUCUGGCUCUGCCUUCCAAUCCGGAACUCUGUUAAACUUUUCAACCGCCGACACUCCAAAAAAACGUAAAGGCUUGCUCAAGGGCUUCUUCCCGCGCAACGAAUCUUCUUUGAACACUGAGAAAACAAUCGACAGGUCGGUUGCUGCGAAUAACAAUGUUCGUCAGUCGGUUUCCGACCUUGGGUCAGGGUUGUCUGGAAGUGAUUAUAUGCCGUUCUCGAGUGUCGUUGUAAAUAUGGAGGAGAAUUUAAGGAAUAGUAGGCGUCAUCCGCGAAAGAACGAAACGGAUACUCGUGACUUAGAUGUCUCAGUCCCCGAUGUAUACGACAUUUCUCAAGAGAAACGGACAAAGUCUCCCACAGUACCACAUUCCAAUACCGAACUAUAUAAAUCGAGCUCGCGUCGGGGACAACAUGUCCCGGGAACCUAUGAAGCUGACGAUAGUAAAGCGGAUAGAAGAGUAUCAACGUUGAAGACUGAAUCUGAUGAGCAUAGAAUGAAUAGAAAAGUAUCAACGGCAAAACGCGGAGCCCAUGAUAGUAGAGUGAAUAAAGAAGCAUCAACGUUGAAGACUGAAACUGACGAGCAUAGAGCGAAUAGAAAAGUGUCAAUGGCAAAACGCGGAGCCGAUGAGAGUAGGGUGAAUAGAGAAGCAUCAACGUUGAAGACUGAAACUGACGAGCAUAGAGCGAAUAGAAAAGUGUCAAUGGCAAAACGCGGAGCCGAUGAGAGUAGGGUGAAUAGAGAAGCAUCAACGUCAAAACGCGAAGCUGACGAGAGUAGAGCGAGUAAAAGACACCCAACGUUGAAGACUGAAACUGACGAGCAUAGAGCGAAUAGAAGAGUAUCAACAUUAAAGACUGAUACUGACGAGAGUAGAGUGAACAGAAGAUCAUCAAUGUUGAAAGCUGAAACUGACGAGAAUAAAGCGAAUAGAAGAUCAAUGUUGAAAACUGAUACUGACGAGAAUAAAGCGAAUAGAAGAUCAAUGUUGAAAACUGAUACUGACGAGAGUAGAGCGAAUAGAAAAUCAUCAAUGUUGAAAACUGAUACUGACGAGAGUAGAGCGAAUAGAAAAUCAUCAAUGUUGAAAACUGAUACUGACGAGAGUAGAGCGAGUAAAAGACACUCAACGUUAAAGACUGAAACUGACGAGAGUAGAGCGAAUAGAAAAUCAUCAAUGUUGAAAACUGAAACUGACAAGAGUAGAACGAGUAAAAGACUAUCAACGUUAAAAAUUGAAACUGACGAGAGUAAAGCGAAUAGAAGACCAUCAUUAAAGUCUCCAUCGACGUUGAAGGAAGACGGGCAUACACAUACCAAUGUCCAUUCUCAUCAUUCACAUCGCGAUAGUGACGAACCUACAAAUGAGGUUGCAGACGUUCGUCGGUCCAGAACAACUCACACAUCGUCUAGCAAUCGUGCUUCACAACCUACCCAUUCCAAGUCUAUGCGUUCACCUCAUUCCCGUACAUCAAGUCGUCGAGAAACACGAGACCGCCCGCAUAGUCCUCCGCAUAGUCCUCCGCAUAAUGCUCGGGGAAGCAACCCUCAUAGCGAAGACGAAGCAGAUUCAGAUGAACCGUUAUCUGACCAACUACCAUUGGCCAUGAUAUCUGGUCAAACGUCGCCGGUGGGAAAUUUGUUGUCACCUUUGAAGGAGAGCGAUGCUGAUGGCGAUCAAAGAGAAAGUGGAAAGAAACAUGUUAGGGAAAGAGGAGAAGUGUCCAAGUCAUCGAUUGGGCCAAGAAGUAGUAUAUUAAGAAGUGGCAAAGAUGAAUUUAGGGAGAGUACUCGAGAUAAAGAUAGGAAGGGGUACUUGGAUAGCGCCUCUCGGGAAGUGGACCAAAGUGACAAAGUGCCUUCUAGAAAAAGAACGCAACAGUCGAGAAUAGGCGAUCCAGAAUCUGUUGAGGUGCCAAGUGAUGAUGACGUACCUAUUGCCAAAUUGAAAAGUGUCAUCAAGUGA